UGUGUUAUUGACCGAAAUUUCACUUUUAGGUAAAUCUGCUACAGUUUCAUGUGAACGUUUGUACUGUAGUUACAGUCGUGGCGGGUGGUUAAGCGUGUGUAAAAUGGAAAAUAUUUAUAGAAGAGUUAAGGCAACUACAGGUUCGUCUCUUUCAGUGCUACUCUGUCUACUUAUUUGUCUCAGAGCUUCAUCAUGUGACAAGUGCCUUCCUGAGUCCUCAAUGACAGCUAGUAGUGGCUUCAAACAGUAUAAAAAUUAUGUGCUGUGUCAGCUCUCAGCACCUUAUGCAUCCUGGAUUGGAUCUCAUAAUAUCAGUUUGACCUGGAAGUCCCUGAAUGAGUCUGAUGUGGUGUAUAUUCCUCAGUGGACCGGUCCUAAUCUGUCUGGGGUCUGGACACAAGCAGAGAAUGUUACAGAAUCAACAUACACUGUCAAUCAAUUGGAGCCUUUUUCCUGGUAUAAGUUCAGGGUCUGGGUUGUGAAAGCAGAAAAACAUGCUUGUUCUCCAGCAAGCCCUUGGUACCAAACAGACCCAUUUGGGUUGCCCUCCAGCCCUUCCAUUGACAGUGUUGAGAGUGUAUCUGGAGAGAGUGUGGAGGUUCGCUGGUUUCCACCCAAGAAACCAGGUGGACCUAUCUUGGGUUUUAACCUCAAUCUUACGGCCAAAGAGCACGUCAUAAGUGUCGCAACUGGAGGAAAUGUAUUCUUCACUACAUUCUACCCAGCAUUCCAUAACACUACAUACAGGAUCUCUAUAGCUGCUGUAAACAUGGAAGGCCAGGGUUUGAUCACUGAAGCCAGCAUAACAACACCAGCACAAAUUGUGCAGAAUGGAGGCCGCUGGGUCUUUGCAUCCAGAUGGAACUCAUUAAGGAGGAGAGAAGAGGACGCUGAAUUUUUCACAACAGCAGAAUGUCUUAAUGACGAUCAAAUAGAGAGCAACAUCACAGGGGUGGCGAUGCAUUACAAUGCCAACCAAGUGUACUUCUCAGAGGGGACUCGUAUCUGGGCAAAAGGGGCUGGAAAUCUUACUGACUGCUCAGAUCUAAAGCUGUUCCACACUGCUCAGUUGGAUGUAACAGCACUCACUGUAGAUUGGCUUUAUCAGAGAAUUUACUAUGUUUCCAGUGGCAGGGUCUAUUAUUGUGGAUUAGAUGACUGUCCUUUUCCAGUGAAUGUAAAUCUCACCCUAUCCAGUGACCCAAUAAACAUAAUUGCAGAUCCAUAUAAUGGAUGGCUGUUCUUGUUGCUGCACAGUGGAAUAUAUUGCACCCCUCUUCCUGUAAUAUCUGGCCAACAACCUGAGGUAAAUCCAAUUAUAGAAUCAAAAUCUGUCUCCAACUUUGUGGUCAGUUUCUCCAAUAAGAGACUGAUUUAUCAUGAUCGAAAUGAUAACAUGCUCAAUGCUACAUAUAUUUUGGAUGGAUCGGGUCCUGUUACGCUCUACAAGGAUGUUAACUUUGAAGCAAUCAGCAUUGCUUACGAGGACAAUUUCUUCAUGCUCUCUGAUGGAACUGCUCUUUAUAAACAAGUUGGUCAGAAUCAAGUGGCCAGUUUUAUUGAAUUCUCUAUGGACUGUAAUAUAUUCCAAAAAGGAGGCUUUGGUAAUCUCUGCUAUUUUAGCCGAUCUGCACAGCCUUACCCUUUGCCACAAAGGCCACGAAACCUUCAAGUCCUGUUUGGAUCUGAUAAAGCCAACCUCUACUGGCAUAAACCUGAAAAUAUGAUUGGAGCAAGUCCAUCCGCCUGGCAAAAUUGGACUUACACUGUAAACUGCUCAUUGAGUGGUUUAGUAACAAUAGGCAUUAGUGGAAUAACUGACACACAUGCAACAGUUUCAGAUCUAGUGAGCUCAAAGCAGUACCAUGUAACAGUCAAGGCGUGUUCACCUGUCGGAUGCUCUAAAUCUGUCUCAUAUGAAGGAACAACUCUCCAGCCUGUGGAUGAUUACCCCUAUAUAACUGCUGCCUGUGGCAAUGACAUCUGGAAGCAAGAUUUGGAUAGUGUUGAGUUCCUCAAUCAACUGGUGUCUAAUAUUGGUGAUGUAAAAGAUAUGGACUUGUACAACAACACAAUCUACUGGACUAACAGUUCAGGGCACAUUAACUGGAUUGAACUGGGUGACCAGUCUUUGAGUGGGAGAAUCAAGACAGUGCCAGUACCCAUGAACGCUGAAGCUGUGGCUUUUGAUUGGCUUGGACAAUAUUUAUACUGGAGCUGCAAUUCAAAUCAAAUUUGCAAAUGGUCUACAUCUACUCAGGAGGUUGAGAUAUUUCUCCAGGCAGAGGAACAGAUUCUCAGUUUGGUCAUUGAUUCAUUGAAUGCUGACAUCUACUGGACCACUGAAACAUCAGUGGAGCGAUGUAAGCUGAAUGGAGAGGGCUACCAACUUUUGGAUAAGUUGAGUGUGUUCUCUGGAAGAGAGAUUGCUGGUAUCACUUUGAAUGUGAUUGAGGGAAACCUCUAUUGGUUGGUGCAAGAUGGCUCCCUGUUAAAUCUUUACAGAACUAACAUCAUAGGUGACAGGGUUCAAAAGUCAAAUGUAGAAGAAUAUGAAAGAUGGACCACCUCUAACAUCUCAAAUCAUCAAGUGGGCUACUACAGUGAACGGCUUGUUUGGCUAGAUGAGAACAAACAGCUAAGGAUUCAGGAGGUGAACCAAACAACCAGUGUUCUCAUGUCUGCUAACUAUACACUGACAGCUUUUUCUGUUGUACAGAAAAUGCUAAAACCUCUGCCAGAUGGGUUCAUAUCUCCUCCUGUAGUUAUUCCACCUGCAAUUUCCAAAACUUCUAUACGCCUUGAGAGGAAUCACACAUUUUUCCAGAUACUCUGGGAACCCAGUGGUAUUGACUUUGGGGAUGUUUUCUACUGUGUGGUGUCUAAGGAACUAUUGCAACUUGUGGAAAAACUCCCAAAUGUACUACAAAAGCAGAACUACCCCACCAGAUUUUGUCAUCCUGACAACACGUUUUCUAAACCAGUCAUAAACGUGACAAGAUUCAAUUCAAACACUGACUUUAACAUCACCAUAACCCCCUUUUCACACUGGGGGAAAGGGGCAUCAACAAGCACAGUUCUCGUUUUUCUAGAAAAUGAUGCGCCAAUAGACACUGACAUGACAUUGAUUAUUGUGAUUACAGCAGUCUGUGUUGGUAUUGCAUCAAUUAUUGUCAUCCUUGUAGUCAUUUGGCGCAGACGUCUUAAUACAAAAGAUCAAGGAACAGUUGCGCAAACAGGUGUGCACAUUCAUCUAGAUGAGGAGUUGGACUAUAUUCGGGGUUUAGUUGGUCUUGGGAAUGCCUGCUAUGCCAUCAGUGCCAUACCUGCCAAAGGAGAGUCACUUCCUCUGUUUCCCAGAGACUGUCUGAAGCUUCAGAGAUUGUUGGGCAGUGGUGCUUUUGGAGAGGUUUAUGAAGGUAUUAUAGUUGGUAGCCAAAUCACUGAAGUCGUGCCAGAGAGGAGAGUAGCUGUCAAGACACUGCGGAAAGGUGCGAAUGACUAUGAAAAAGCUGAAUUUUUGAAAGAGGCUCAUUUGAUGAGCCAGUUUAAACAUCCAAACAUCCUGCGUCUGCUCGGAGUGUGUCUGCUGAAUGAGCCACAUUACCUCAUCCUGGAGCUAAUGGAAGGAGGAGACCUUCGUUCUUACCUGAGAGGAGCUCGCCUUACAAAUAAUCAUGGAGAGCUACUGAAUCUGACCAGUCUCCUAGACAUCAGUUUGGAUGCUGCCAAAGGAUGUGCUUAUUUAGAAAGAAUGCACUUUGUUCAUAGAGAUAUUGCUGCAAGGAACUGUCUAGUAUCAGUAAGAGGUUACACAGACCCAGACAGAGUCAUUAAAAUUGGAGACUUCGGAUUGGCCCGUGAUGUGUAUAAAAAUGACUACUACAGGAAGAAGGGUGAAGGUCUACUUCCUGUACGCUGGAUGUCACCAGAAAGCUUAACAGAUGGAAUUUUCAAUAAAUACUCUGAUAUAUGGGCGUUUGGUGUGCUGCUGUGGGAGAUUAUUACAUUAGGAAAGCAACCAUAUCCCACAUACACCAACCAAGAAGUAUUACACCAUAUUAGUACAGGUGAACGACUGCCUUCACCAGCAGGGUGUCCUCAGAGAUUGUAUAAUCUGAUGAUGGACUGUUGGAAAAAGGAACCAAGUGAGAGACCAAGCUUCCAGUACCUUCAGGAAACUCUGAGCAAAUUUAAAGAUUACGAAGCAGAUAAAAGAGCGAGUCAGAAUGAGGCAGCAGGUCAUGUAAACCAAGCCUACGAGGAAGAAGAAGAGGAAGUAGUCAUUGCCGUGGAUGAAGAUGAAGAUCUGGAUACUGGACUUUCUCCUGUGCUCAGCAAUGAAGGACUGAAUUACUUGAUGUAUCGAGCCGAGAGCCCAGACAGUGUCCGAUCAGACUCAUCCACACCCAUGGAGGAUCGAUAAGACCAUGAAAAAGGGCCUGAAAAUGGCACUUAAUUGCUUCAUUGUUUCACAAAGUUUCACAAAGACCUUUGAGCUGGACCUCACUUUUGGAAUCUUUCUACCUGUAAAUAAUGUUUUAUUUUCUAGAAUAAUAGUAAUCAUUUUUGUGUUAUGGGUUGUAUGUUUGUAUUAUAUGAUGAAUGUAUUAUAUGAUGAAUAAAAAAACAUUAUU